AUGUUCUCCGCCAAAGGAAAGUCCAACUCUUCCCGGUAUGCGGCGCUCGCGCUGCAUGACGAUGGCGAGAGCUCCAGCGUCACUCUCGAGAAGCGUUCCUCCUCCGAGGAGGACGAAGACGAUGACCAUUCUGCGCCCUUGCUGGAACCUUCAGAAACCCUCCCUGAGCUCGCGCCAUCAAAGCCCUCGCAGCUGCCUAGGCUCAUCUUCUACUUCUCCUUUGCAGUAGCGCUUUUAUCAGCUGCGAAUGUUGCCCUUCUUCCCGCUACACUGUCAAAAUACCAAGCCUACCCCUUCUCCGACUCUGAACUCGAGGCACUCCCUUAUGGUGACGCAAGGCUGGGGCUGGACAGGGUGACGAAGAUGCUUCCACCUCCCAAGGUCUAUCACCACGCCUGGCCGGAUAGAAUUGCACGCGUGAGCCGGAAGCUCAAGAAUGCUGUGUGGGGUGAUGGGGUUCAGGUCUAUAUUACUGUCGAGGACUCGACAAUCAUGCGCUUCCCCGUACCCUCCGCUGGCAUCAACGCCUGCGCAAUCUCUUGGAAGCCGCCUCCUGAGGACUCUGCGCGUGUGAAAGACCUCACAACCAAAGGCGACAUAACGGAAGUUGAAGUCUGGCAGGUUAUUGCGCCCUCGGCUACCUUGGCCCCCGUCGCUUCCAGCAUGGACGAGUUCGACUACGACACAUUGUCGUACUCGACUCUUCCCGUUCGUGGCGAGCUACUUGGCGUGCUGGACCUUACAGCCCAACCCAAUAGCACGACAGUGGAGUUUGCCUGUCCCAGCGAGGCCGAGAGUCUGGUGGUGGAGAUGAGAUGCCAGCGCGUGGCAUGUCAUAUAAGCUUCAAGCAAAUUGAUAUGUUGCCAAGCUUUGGAUUCGAGUUGGUAAGACGACGGAAUUUCCUCAAUUCAACCGUUUCACGAUCAAAAUCCAUCGCGUUCAAUAUGUCUACCCAACUCGACGCCGCCUCCAUCGCCCGUGUAUCCCUACACGAUGCCAAAUACUUCAACAUCCAGCACUCCCAGACCGUUCACCGCCUGGCACUCCUGCAGCACUGGAACAUUCCUGCCGGCUCCAGGGUGCUGGAACUAGGAUGCGGCCAGGGUGACUGCACGACUGUUAUUGCCUCUGCCGUGGGCGAGGAAGGGGCUGUGGUUGCGGUCGACCCGGCAGAGCUGGAUUACGGCGCUCCAUACACUCUGGGCCAAGCACAGGAUCACAUCUCUCAAGGGCCGCUAGGUAGCCGGAUUACCUGGGUCCAGCAACCGCCCUUGGACUACCUCUCCUCCCUCUCUUCCACCAGUGAAAACAAGACUUUUGACGCGACAGUACUCGCCCACUGCCUGUGGUAUUUCGCUUCCCCCUCAGUGAUUGUCACUACCUUUCGCGCCCUGAAGCAGCACAGCAAGCGUCUGCUCCUUGCGGAAUGGUCAUUAGUUGCGACGGACACCUCUGCGCAGCCUCAUGUGUUAGCUGCCCUCACCCAGGCGGCGUUGGAGUGUCGCAAAAAGGAUAGCGAGUCCAACGUCCGCACGGUGCUGGGGCCCAAGAGGCUGACCGAGCUGGCGCUGACUGCCGGAUGGCAGUUGGAGACCGAGGCCCUGGUGCAAUGUGGCGAAGGCCUCUUGGACGGGCAGUGGGAAGUCGGUGCUUGCCUUAGUUCCGAUUUCGAGAGGGAGGUGGAGGAGCAUGUGAGCGAUGAGAGGGAGCGGGCUGUGGUUCUUGCAUCGCGGGAUGCGUGCGAGGCGAGUUUGAAGGGUGUACAAGGAGGUCUGAAAGGUGUUAGGUCUAUGGAUGUCUGGGUUGCUGGUUUCGUCUAA